AUGAACGCGAUCUCUCCGCAACGCGCUGGGCCGACUCGGCGCUAUAACAGGUCACGGUGUGGGUGUUUGACCUGCAAGCGUCGCAAAGUAAAAUGCGAUGAGCAGCGGCCAAGAUGCUCUCAUUGCGAGAGACUGAACCUGGAGUGCAAAUGGCGACCACAUCACGCUGCUGCGUUGUCAAAGCAACGACAGGAUGCAAACGGCGAGGGCACUGCAUCUAGUAAUCAGCUUACUCUAUCUCCGUCGACUGACCAAUCACCAACUACAUCUGGUUUACGAACGCUGCAAGCUAUGGAUGAAGUGUUUGACUACGCCAGCUUCAUGUGGGAUCCAACCAGCAGUCUUUGGCAGCAAGAAAGCCCAGAUAUGGCGACUACCAUAGCGAUUAACACAAAUACCAUUGUAAGUACCGUUCAAUCCAAAAACGGAGAUCAGGCUUUGGACCAGAGCCCAUCUGCUGCAAGUGAGAGGCUAAUGGAGUUCUUCGCCAAGUCCGCCACCCCGCCUAUUCUUGCUGGAGUUGAGUCUCAGAGGAAGUGGUUCUCAAUCCGUCAAGGUCUUGUCGCAAUGUCAAAGAGCUCUCGCGUUCUACGCUGUGCUAUCUUAGCAUUCUCAAAUACCCUUCUAUGUCGCAGUAAUCUGUCAUGGGCCUUUGCCGACCAAAACCACUAUGAGGAAGCGACCAUGGAAGUAGAAGCUCAAGAUCCGGACUCCUUCAAUGAACAUAGCCUGGCGCGCGAAUGCCUCCUUGCCGCCCUAUUUUUCUUGAGUUACGUUGGUAUUAUAGAAUCCAGGCUCGAUACGGCACAUCGUUAUCUCAAACAGGCGUACACAAUAUUCCAGAGGGGAGAUAAAGCCUCAUUCUCGCAUGUCGAGAAGCAAGUCCUUCUUUGGAUCCGGCUACUGGAUGCCAGGGCAGUAUCAGCUGAUGGUGAGGGGCUAUUCCUGUCACAAGAUGACGAAAUCGAACUCGUAGAUGCCUCACCUGCGAGCUUCGAUGCCGAGACAGAUGAAAUUGCGAGAAGCCAGGAUGCUACCAGUGAUGACAUCGAGGACGUCUUAUUCCAAGUCCUCUACCAACCCGGCAUCGUCUUUUUCCAGAAGGUGCAGAGCUUCAUGGGGCGCAUCUCAAAAAUUGAUCCUUGGCAUCGGUCGAGAGGAACGGUCGAGGACGAGAUCGAAGUCAUGAAUAUUGGCGCCUCCAUCGCCGCCGACCUCCGAUCAUUGUACGACCAGCGCCCGCCACUCAUGGACUACGCUGUUGCUGGAAAGCUUUCGGAACCUCAUAUCUCAGCACACUUGGCUUUUACUAUCACCAGAGCCUUUCGCACGUACUUGUCCAACUACUACGCCAGCAAAGUCCAUCUUCAUCGUGUCGCUUAUAAACAUCUGCCGUUGACCAAGGAGGCAACUGAUGCCCUUAAUCACAUCCGCAAGCUAGCGCACCAGAUUUCCUCUGAUCUAGCUCCUGAUGACUCGCUUCCAGUAAAUAUGCUCUGGCCUCUCUUGAUGCUGGGCGUGGAAGAACAGGAUCAGGAUGAAAAGGCGUGGAUUCGAGCACAGAUCGUGAGAAUGGAGGGCGUCGCUGGAAAUGCAAGAAUCACGGCACAGGUCCUAGAAGAGGUUCAAGCUCGCCAAGAAGCCUCGAAGGCCCGUGCGGAUAUCCGAUCUGUGAUGCAUGCAGUUUUUAAUUCCUGUUUUGCGAUCUUGUGA